AUGUUUCGUCAGAGAAAGCUCAAAAAAGAGCUGAAGAAACACAGGGUUGAGCUUGAAAGAACUUCGGAAGAAAAUCAACUCUUAUCAAACGUCGUAAAUCAGCUCAAAGACUUCAUAGCAUCCAGCGUCGAAAACGAGCUUCAACUAGUGGAGUUGAAUGAUCACUUGUCAAAAAUUGCCAACUCGCUGCUUGAAAAACCGGCGAAUGUCAAAGAAGAACCGGAAAUUGAGCGAGAUUUGAUGCUCGAUAAGGUUUUAUCGAUUGACAGAAAAGUCUCGCACUGGAUGGAGUCGAAGACAAAAGAAAAAGAAUGUGAAGCGCUAAAUCAACUUGUGGUAGAGGUCACCGAAAAGAACAAUGAAUUAGAUCAAAAAGUCGAAAACUUUUCCACCUGCCAGAUUUGCAUGAAUUCAUACGAUCAUAAAUCCCACCAUCGGUGCAUUUUUGCCGGCUGUGGUCAUGUUUUAUGCUAUGAAUGUGCGAAAACGAUUUCUGAGAAGUCAAAACGAGGCAGCACACAUCUCAACAAAUGUCCGACUUGCAGAAAGCCAGUCAGCUCAACAAACAUCAUCAAAAUAUACGAAGCAACUUAA